CCAAGUGGACACUGAAGCAGUCGCACCACUGUAAAUGGAGACAAGGCUGGAGUUGGAUGUUUUGAUAUACCCAGAUGAAGUGAGGAUUGUUACUCCGGAGGAACUCACAGAAUGGGAGCUUGAGACUGCGAGCCAAUUGUCCAUACCCACCGUCCGACUCUUUGUGGCACUUUACCCAUACAACCCUGCUGCGAUGUCUCCCAACUAUGAGACGGCUGCAGAGGAGCUGCCUUUUGUACCAGGCCAGAUCAUCAAGGUGUUUGGAGACAAAGACUCUGAUGGUUUCUAUCAUGGUGAGUCUGGUGGUCUCUCCGGUUACGUGCCAAGUAACAUGGUGGCUGAAAUCCCAGUGGACGAUGAGUACCUGAAGCAACUACUCAUGCAGCAGGGAUUCCUCCCUGUGGACCACACAGGUAUGUCUUUAACACCAGAUCCAAGCGACAUAGCCAGUAUCCCUGAUGAUGUGGUCGUUCGACGAAUGGUGGCCUUAUUUGACUAUGACCCGUGGGAAAGUUCACCAAACAUGGACAGUGAAGUUGAACUUACCUUUCGUUCAGGAGACAUUAUAUACACGUUAGGUGACAUGGAUGAAGAUGGCUUUUACUAUGGGGAUCUGCACGGACGACGAGGUUUGGUUCCAUCAAACUACCUACAGCCGCUUCCCUGGAAUUAGAAGAAAAGCCCCUGCUAAGAUGUUUGCUACAGAUGCCAAGUCUCAGACACAGUGAGAGCUCAGCAGUUUUUAUUUUACAAAAACAAUAGCUAAAUGGACAUUUUAUGUGUCAAACAAAAUAUAUUUUUUAUUUUUUUAUGAUAGUACGACACUUUACGAGCUUUAGAUUUCAAGUUAGUGAGGGCAAAUGCAAAUAAGCAACUAAUGGACCCUAAAUAUUACCAGUGUUGAUCAGGAUGUGAAUGAUUGAAAGCAUUCUCGUCAUACAAAUUUCAGGUAAUUGAUUUAUUGAAAAAGUUCAACAAAAAUCACAAAUCAUUUGGUGAUAAAAGUACAGAAUAUACAUACAUUUUUGAAAUCAAAAACCACAUGAAAGAUUCAUCAGGGAAGAUUUUUAUACUUGUCUGCCUACAUACACUUAGUGUAUGUACAUAUAUAUAAACAUGUUACAAUAUGAAUAAAUUGUAAUUAUUUCAAUCGUACCUGAUGGCAAAAAAGAAUAGAUUAUUUUAGCCUUAAAUACACCUUUAGUCUCAGUUAUUUUGCAGACCAAAGUGUAUAUAGUUAAUCCGUAUUUGCCUUAUAACCUAUUUAUAUAUUUUCUAUAACUGGCUCAUAGUUUUUUUUUUCAUAUGAGGCAUUUAGGAAAAUAUUUCUUCUUUCAUUUUUUUAGUUUUCCAGCAAUUUUUUUAUGGAAAGAAAUUCGCAACAAACUUUGUAUAAAGGAAAUAAUGAAUGUAAUCAAUACAAGAACUGGAAAGCAGAAACUGAAAAUAAACUUGAAUUUGUACAAUG